CCUCGAUCUGCUGUACGUUCAGAUCGAAGUCUACCCAGGCUCAAGUUCAAUUCAAGCUCUAUUCAAUUUCGUUUUUGGUUUAGCAAGGUGCGCAGGUCGAUUCUCCUGAAAAUGGCGGACAAAUAUGCCAAAGAGACGGCGGAGGAGUUUUCCUCCCGAAUUUUUGACAUGCUGAGCGGAGCAUUCACUGGGAUUUCGAUUGCAUUUGGGGUCAAGAGCGGUCUUUUUAAAGUCUUGGUCGAUCACCACGACACACCAAUGACUUCACAGGAAAUAGCUGAUGUAGCUGGCCUAAAGGAGAGGUAUGUUCGGGAGUGGUUGGGCGUGAUGACCACGGCCUUCAUCGUCGAUCUCGACCCUGUGACAGAGAAAUAUCAUCUACCACCUCAUCGUGUAGACAGCUUUCGGUCAGGAACUAUGGAAGGCCAGGCCGCUGAUUGCUGCAUUGGGAUACCUGUCGUCAGUGACGUCUUCCGCACGAUGCUUAAAGUCAUUAAAAAGGACGGACCACGAGGAAUGGAAUUUUCGAUGGCGCCAAACUACCAUGAAUUCAACGAUAGUUACGGCUUACCGUGGUUCAAUCACUGUUUCGUCCAGGACUUUAUUCCAUCCCAACCGGAGAUCAAGUCAAAAUUAGAGAGUGGAAUUCGGAUGCUUGACGUCGGCUGCGGUCACGGUGCUGCGAUCAAAAAGCUCGCCGAAAGUUUCCCAAACAGUCAUUUUGUAGGUCUUGAUGUUGAUCAAAAUACAGUUGAUUGGUCAAACAAAGAAGCUGAAUCAUCAGCACUAAAGAACCUGGAGUACGUCUGCAGCGACGCCACUGCGAUGCCUAAGGACUGGACCUCGUCGUUCGAUUACGUUUUCUUCUUUAAUCUCCUUCAUGAUACACCACGACCAGACCUGAUCAUUGACGAGGCCAAGAGAGUGAUGAAGAAGUCAGGAAUCAUAUCUGUGAUUGAGAUGGAUGGCAAAUCGAAGCAAUGCGAAAACCUUGAUAACCCUAGUGCUUCGUUCAACUACACCGACAGCUUAUUCUACUGUCUACCCAUGUCCUACAACAACCCUGAUUCCGUGGCCCUUGGUGCUAUGUGGGGCAAGGACCGCAUACGAGAGUUUCUGGAACGGAAAGGUCUCAAAAUCAAAGAUGAAAGCAUUCUUCCUAUGAUGCCGCAGGUUCACUUCCUGUCAGAAUUGAUGUAAAUCACACAACUGGAAUAUAGGCCCUACAGUGAACUGGUUUACAAAAUGGUUGACAGUCAUAAAAGCAAAUAAUUACUUUUGUUGAAAGCUACAUGCGGAAACUUUCAUUUAUUUUCAAGGCGAAUGGAUGUACAUAAAGUAGCUACAAUUAAAGCGCGUGUUUCAUUGGCUGAAAACCAAAUUGCUUAUAUGUACACAUUUUUUGCUGCGUUUGAUCGCAGCUCUUUCUGCUCCGGGCCCGAGGAGUUAGACUUUGUUCCAUUCAAGGAGACCAAUGGAUGAUUAUGUGCUAAAUACAUGUAUUACAAUGGGAGAAAGGGGACAUUUUCUUUUUAAGUGACACCCAAGAAUGUAGAGGGCGUCAACACUUUGCAGUUAGAGUAAUCAAUAAAACAUUAGUUUCGUCGGUGACUGGACGAACGACAUAUUUACGAUUUUCAUCAGUUCCGAAACGUAGGACGAAACUGUUGGUCCAAUUCACGGACCAUCGACAAAUACUUCAUAUGAUUUACUUGUCUUUGCAUUUUUAAUUCAUUUGCUGCGUUGUAGGAUUCAUUCCUCGUCGUUAAGCGAAAACUCGCUAAUGAAAGGUGAAACUGACCAGAGGCGUUGCACUUGUUAAUCUUGUUAAUAUGUUAAUUUGAAACAAUUAUGUUGAUUUAUUUUUUGAAUUUAGAAUUGUGCAUAUGUCAUGUACACUAUUGUGUAAAAAAAAACCCAGUCCCAUACGCUAACUAGCCGAAAGAGUAUACAUGUACGCUACUCAAAAAAUUAAUCAAGUGCAAGUCCUUAAUACCCGCACUCAAGUUUAAUUCAGUUUAUUUUUGUCAUAAAGUGUAUGUACAAAGUAACAUGAAACAAUCAAGAUGUAAUGUGAUGAGGAAAUUUGUGACUAAAAUGAAAGUUUUAAAAACUUGUCAAACAUAGUCCACUAAAAUAUAGAACUCAAUUGGUUUAAGCUCAAGUUGCGUUGCAUUUUUUCUAGGAGAAUUUGAUCUCAACUCUUUCUGCAACUUGAGCCACAUUUUAUAUCUUUUGUAAGAGGCAUAUUUUCUGCUUUAAGUAUUUUCAAAGUGAUAUUUUCAUUGGAAGAACAGAUUUUAAAAUGGGGUUUUAUUACUUGUACCUUUCAGAUUUAUAUGUUAUAUAGCUAUUCUUCACGUCGAUGAGGUAUCGGAUAUUGUUUUUUUUUUAAAUUUUAUUGUAUCU